GCCCAGGCGCAAUGAACGUCUCGGGUACAUUAGACACGACGCUCCUCGACCGCCACCACAGCACCCAUCUCCAACUCACCAAGAGGCAGUUUGCCAGGCAUCAUGACGGCCCUCAAAAUGGUAACGGUGGCUAUGGUGGCAGCGUUGGUGGUGGCGGGCGUGGCCGGCGGAGAGGAUAUUGGACACUUCGUCGCCAGAAGAGCCAUCCUUCUCGACGAAAAUUUCGUCCCUGUAGCAGCUCCUGUGCCGGCAGCAGAAGCUCCUCGCGCCCCACGUCUCCGCAGGGACACAGGCUACGGGCACGUCCCCCACAAGGGGUACUCCAAGGGCAGGGUGGGACCCGUCUACACUUUCGUCAAGACUGACUACAACGGUAACUUCAAGUGGGGUGUUCGCCAUCGCGCCGGAUCACAGUAUGCUGGUGGCUACCAUUGAUCCCUUGCCUGCCUCUACCACACUGCUGACAUACUACUUAUUCUUGUUAUUAAAUGGCGCCCCACAGUGACCAACACAACUCAUCACGACAGUACUCAGCCUGCUAUUACUGCUCUCAACGCCUGCCCUUCAUCCUUAAACACAUAAGACUUGACUUUCCCCCUCGGACAGUUUCAGGUGCACAUGUUGAAUGUCUUAAAGAUUACCAUAGGAAGAGCUUAAGGCGCGGAAAUGAUGCCGUUUUUCUUCUGUCUCAUUUCAUCUUUGGCAAAGCUUGCCAUGCUGUACUGUCCUUGCUUAAACCAAACAUUUACCACAAGAAAUUUCACUUCACGUGGCAUGUAGGUGAUGCCACUCAGUGAUUGUGUGUCUGUAUAUUGUUUCCUCUCCUCGAUAAUUUCAACUUUUUUCCUGAGGCCACUUCCUUGGCCAACUUGCACACCUACAGAGACAAAAACAUCAAAAUUAUAAACUGCAGGUGAUGAUGACCACAUCACACGCAGCCACUCACUCUAGUCAUUCAUUCGGUUAAGUGUGGGCACCACAUUCUAGCGCUGGCUGGGGUCUCGUUAGACUGUCUAUGGCCCGGGCAGGCACUCGACCCAGAAAGCAAUUUCAUAAUCAUCUCACGUGUCUUGUAAUUAGAAAUAUUUGUUGUUGCUCUGUUAUCCUUAGUCAUAAAAAUACAGCUGUUAUAUUGUUGCUUCCGUCCACAGCAAGUUAUGCUUUUAUUUAUACAUAUGAAUUUCAAACUGGCAGUAGUAGAGCAAUGAUCCAAUGUCCUACAGUCAAGAUUGUGUAUUAGUUUUAGAAUGUUUUACAAAACAUUCAUAUUUAUUUAUAAAGAAAUGUAUUCUUAACAACUGUUUAAACAUUCCCUGUGCGUCCUUAGAUAUUUUAUACUGUUCCACAAGUUCUGUAUACAUAUCUAUUGUAACAAAUGCUUUCCAGA